AUGGCACCCAAGCGCAGCGCGAGCGUGCUGAGCGACACUGCGUCGGCCUCGGCGCCUGAUAGCGUUUCCCUCAACAUUGUCCAUAAAAACCAGAUCGACUGGAUCGAGUACGUAGACAAGCUUCCCUCGCUACCCCUCAUUGCCUCAUCUGUCGCCUUCGCGGCUUCCUCGAGCGAGGCUCUCGACCUUCCCAAUCGCAGACUUGUCCGUCUCAUCGGCAUCAGUGCCGAGGACCGAGACGCCAUCUGGCGGAAGAUCCAGCGCAAGUCGGGCAUCAAUGGCAAGGUUCUGGGCGGCAAGCUCUACAUUGAGCUCAUUCGUUACACCGGCGUCUACGAGCUUAGCCUCGGUCAUGCUCAAGGCCUGCCCGAUGGACCCGCCUCGCUCCUCUUUUUCUCGAAUGACACCACGAGCUAUGCAAGCCAGCCCGCUGCAGCAACAGCCGAAGUGUCUUAUCUACUCAACAACUAUCGCCUCGUUCUCCAAAGCCAGACCACAGACGUCUCUCUUCCCUGCUGUGGAUCCGCUGAAAUCAUCACUCAAGACUGGAGUCGCUUCCUCUCUCCCCUCGGCAAAAUUGCCUCGCUGAAGCGGAAUGAGCUGAUCGUGUACGCCGAUCUUCAUCCCUAUGCGCAUAGCAAGCUUGCCAAGAUCGGGGUGCGUCUGCGAGACGGAGGCUGCCGCCUACGCGCUACUUCCUCCUUAGGAGGAUCAGUCAUAGUUACCGUCCCCGGCGAUGUUCACAACCAUGCCAGACUUGGAGCCAUCACCGCUAUUGAGGGGCAACUCUCGGUCCAGCUUGGAAUCAAUCUUGGAACGCCUUGGCGAGAGGAGGGCUGGGACAUCAACUUGUGGGUCUGUGAAUGCGGUGACGGCACUUUUAGUGACGUGUACUAUCGCAUGUAUCGAUCCGAAGACCGUUCAAGGCGGGACAAGGAAAUGUUCGAGUCAUUGAAGUUGGCGGGCCCCAGCUGGUUCGUCUGUUACCUCAUCAAUGCGGCCUACAUGUCGCGUGGCUGCUCUCCGGACCUCUUCAUGGCUCCUAGCGAUCUCUCAGUCGAGGAGGAGGAGGAUCAAGAAAGUAUCGCGGCUUGA